UCGCUUCCGUGUGUGAAUCAUUUCUCAAGCAGCUCUCUGUGUCUCUCUGCAAUGUGGUUUUCCUCUCAGGGAAGCACUCAAGCCCUGAAUUUUCAGUCUGGCUUGCACAUGCUGUCAGAAGCUAGUGGGAGACACUUUUCUUUUUAAUGCAGAAAAGAGGACAAGCUUUUACUGAGCUGAUAGGGAGCUGCUGUGGAGAGAGCAGCCAGCCCUCCCUGCAAGAGGCACCAAGGACAAACAGAGGGGAUGGCACUGCUGCCUCUGUUCUCUGCACAACAGCAGCUGAGCUCUUGACAUUGCCUUCACCUCCCUGAACACAGCUGGAAGGUGCUGCCUCUGUCAAACCCACCUUGGCCCCACACAGAUCUGUGUCCUGGCAGUUCAAGUCUGUAGCCUGAGUUACUUGGGAAGAAAAUGAAGAGUAGUGCCAGGCCUUGGAGUGCAAUAGCAAAGCAAGGGAGCCAUGGGGUUGACAGAGGAAAAGCUCUUUCCACCACCUCCACAGGAAUGAAGACAUCCAAAUCCUCCACUUCCCUUGCCUUUGAAUCCCGCCUCAGCAAGCUGAAGCGGGCGAGCAGCGAGGACACGCUCACAAAACCUGGGGCAGCAGCAGCUCCGGGGGUGUCCAGGCUGAAGAAAACCAUCACAACAGGAGCCAUUUCAGAGCUGGCUGAGAGUCGCCUGAAGCCCAGCACAGGAGCGGUUUCGGCCGCGAAGCGCACGGGGAUCCCAGCGCCGCGGGAAUUGUCCUCAUCCGUGUCCAGGGAGAGAGCUGUGCUGCGUGGGCAGGCCAACACCAGGAAAACACAGCCCAGCCCCACCUCUUCUGGUGCACCAACUCCUACCAAACACGUGCGCCCCACCAGCAAGUCCAAGCAAGAGAAUGAAACCGGUGACAAGGCUGUUCUGGAAUCUCAGGUCAAAGAACUCCUGGCAGAAGCAAAGACAAAAGAUUCGGAAAUUACCAAACUUCGUUGUGAGUUGAAGAAAUGCAAAGAGAAAGGGUCACUCAACGUUGAGGGAAUGGGUGCCUCCAACCAAAAUUUAGAACCAGUAUCACCUGCUGACAUAGAUCCCUUAAUAAGGACCCUUCAGGAGAAAAACAGGACUUUCCAAAAAGAGCUUGCUAGCCUGGGAGAAGAAAACCGUGCUUUGAAAGAGAAAUUGCUUUACCUGGAGAACUCCCCCCUCUCAGACACAACCACAAGCAGCGGAGGCGACAGCAGCCUCCCCACCCCCACUACCCAAGAGUCGAGUUUUGGAAGCCCCUCCAAGAGCGGGGCGCGGGCGGAGGAGCGCAGGCAGCGCGAGAGCGGCAGCGGGGCCGCCCUGCGCGAUUCCGCCUCCUCCAGCAGCGAUGUCACCAAAGCCUCCCUGUCCCCCGACGCCUCCGACUUCGAGCACAUCGCUGAUGUGCCUUCCAGGCCAGCAUCUGCCAGCAGCAACCACUUCAAAGGCUCCAAGUGCUCCACUGCAGGAAGCUCUCCAAACAACAUCAGCGACCUCUCUGUCGCAUCUCUUACGGAGAGGAUACAGAAGAUGGAGGAGAAUCACCACAGCACAGCAGAGGAGCUGCAGGCCACUUUGCAGGAGCUGUCAGAUCAACAGCAAAUGGUGCAGGAGCUGACAACAGAAAAUGAGAAGCUGGUGGAAGAGAAAGCUCUCCUGGAGACUUCCUUCCGUCAGCACAGGGACAGAGCUGAGCAACUGAGCCAGGAGAACGAGAAGCUCAUGACUCUCCUCCAAGAGAGAUCCAAGAAUGAAGCUCAGGAGGGGAAGGUCCUCGAACUGGAACAGAAAUGUGCAGAAGUUCUGGAAAAAGCACAGUUUGAAAGAGAGAAAUUGCUCAACAUUCAGCAGCAGUUAACCAGCAGCUUGAGAAGCUUAGAAAGGGAGCAUCAGGAUGCCCAGCAGGUGAUAAAAAGCCUGAGAGAAGAAAAUGAGAAACUGCUGAAACUUCUAGAAGUGGAACAGCAGAGCAACAGCACAGUGACAAAAAGUCUGGAGGACUGUAAAAUUGCCUUGGAAGGUCUGAAAAUCGAAAAUGGCUCUCUCAAAACUCAGCUGGAGAAUGAGAAACAAAAGGCUGCAGAAAUCAAUGUGAUGGGCUGCACCUCUGACAACUCCGAGGUGCAGGAGAUGCUCAAAGUGGCCCAUGCAGAAAAGGCUCAGUUAGAGGCCUCUUGCACUGAGCUGAAACAAGAGCUGCUGAAGGCAAACAGUGAACUGAAGCACAUUCAGGGGCUGCUCUCUAAGGCUGAGAAUGAGUAUGGGCAGCUGAAGGAGGUGUGUGACCGACAGGCUGAGCAGCUGAGCAGAACCAGCCAGAAGCUGCAGGAGAAAACAUCAGAGAAUGAAGCAGAUAUCAAGAACCUGAAAGAGACCAUUUUCGAGUUGGAAGACCAGGUGGAACAACACAGAGCUAUAAAACUCCACAAUAACCAGCUCAUCAGUGACCUAGAAAGUAAAGCAAUGAAGCUGGAAGAACAAAAACAAGAUACAGAGAGGCAGCUGAAGGCUCUGACUAAGCAGAUGAAGGAGGACACAGAGGAGUGGAGGCGUUUCCAGGCUGACCUGCAGACUGCAGUGGUGGUAGCCAAUGACAUUAAGUGUGAAGCCCAGCAGGAGCUCCGUGUGGUGAAGAGGAAGCUGCAGGAGGAGGAGGAGAAGAGUGCCAGACUGCAGAAGGAGCUGGAUGAAGUGAAGGGCAGCAGCAGGCUGGCAGCUGAGGAGGUGGAUUCUGUGGAGUCAGACACAGCCAGCCGCUGGCAGGGGGUCUGCCUGAGCAGAGCAUCUCCCACACCCCCAGAGUCUGCAGCCACUGUGAAGUCACUGAUAAAGUCAUUUGACUUGGGAUGCUCAGGUAGCAGUGGACAAAAUGUCCCAGUUCACAAGGUGCCCAGGAGCCCUCUCAGUGGAAUUCCAGUGAGGACAGCCCCAGCAGCUGCUGUGUCCCCAAUGCAGAGACACUCUGUGUAUAACAAUGCCAAGCCAGCCAGCAAGGGCAUUGCCAGGCAUGCAGAUCUGUCAGACCUCCCUCUGGCAGACCUUCUGAAGGGGAGGAAUGAAGAGCUGAAACCAGACCAUUACCUCCGCAAAAGCCCCUCCCUGGAAUCCCUGAGCAAGCCCCCGAUGGCCUUCAGCAGCAGGAUGCUUUCCUCUACCCCCAGCUGCUUGAAACCCCAAAGCAAACUCAGUGUGGAGAGGAAGGACCCCCUGGCAGCCCUGGCUCGGGAGUAUGGGGGUUCCAAGAGGAAUGCUCUGUUGAAAUGGUGCCAAAAGAAGACUGAAGGUUACCAGGUAAGAGAGAAUAUUGAUAUUACCAACUUCAGCAGCAGCUGGAGUGAUGGGCUGGCCUUCUGUGCUCUCCUGCACACAUAUUUGCCUGCACAUAUUCCUUACCAGGAGCUCAACAGCCAGGACAAAAAGAGAAAUCUGCUGUUGGCAUUUCAAGCUGCUGAAAGCGUGGGCAUCAAACCCAGUCUGGAGCUCAGUGAGAUGAUGUACACGGACCGGCCCGACUGGCAGAGCGUCAUGCAGUACGUGGCCCAGAUCUACAAGUACUUUGAGACCUGAGCUGCAGAGCAAGAGGUGCACACAAGUGGGGAAGAGAACAAAGAAUGCUACAGAUGCACUCGAUCACUUUAAAAUCCUGCUUGCUCCUCUUCCACAACCAAGCUAAGCUCUUAGGGUAGUUUUGGAACACUACAAAGAAGGAAACUCUUCCGUAGCUUUGAUUCCAUCUGGGACUGCAACCAAAUAAUUCCCUGUUGUCCACCUUUGCAAACCAAAUCCCUUGGUAAGUUUACUCCCACGUGGGAAUUGCAAAGCGUUUUCAAGCACAAUGGGGUAUUUCUGAAGAGGAUCCCUUGGGCUAACAACAUUUGCCUUGACAGGAGACCUGAACAUGAUGAAGUUUUAAGUCAAUGUGGAUUAUGCUGGCACUCAAGGGAGGCUGGGAGAUUAAUAUUAAUACAAAAGCUCACAAAAAUGCUCUUCUUGCCAAAACAUGCUUAACUCAUCCCAAGUACAUGCUGUUUUCUUGCCUCCAUGUAUUUUAUAGAACACCUUGACAGAUGCACUUAAGUUGUAGAACCUUAACCUGAGUUACUCUCACACAUCUCACCCAAUAACUGCACUAAUUUACUCACAGCAUAACCAGCAGGAUGGUAACAACAUCAUUUGUAACUCAGAAACCACCCUCUGUUCAUCACCAGUUAGUGAAAUAACUCUGAAAGAGUUAUCCUGUUAGGUGCUAGCACUUCAUUUCAGCUCAAACAGAAAUAAUCUCUUUGAGGAAAAAUAGGUUUAUUACUCCAACUUCAUUACUUGAUUACUCUGAGAAGCCAGAGCUUGGUUUCCCAGCUGACUGUGCAGGCACAGUUAUCACAGGAACAUUGCAAAUGCAAUUUAAUAGCUUUAGUUUGGAAGGUGCCAGUAAUCAGGUGAGCAAUACAGUGACAUCUCAUAUCUCUGUGGAUUGAGUGGAGUAACUUCUUCCUUCUGUGUUGCUCCUGUCUAAUCAGCACAGCAUAGCUGAUGUCAUUGGUGCCUAAGGCAGGAGUGAGCCUGUGCCCUGGGCCAUGAAAUGCAGCCCAUAGGGCACUGGUGCAUGUUUGGAAAUGAUGUUAUGCUGUAAAGGAGCACAGUCAUGUAUCAGUACCAGUGGAAGGUGCAACUCCACAAGUGGCAAACAACAUAACUGGAAUCUGUCUGUGCCACAGAAUCAGGCACCAGAGAGCAGCUUCCCACCUCAGUAAUACUGCUAGGAAAUGUCUGAUGGGCACUCUUAAAUGUCCACUAUUCUGUUUCUCUCAUUUCACCUGAUGAAAUUAAUUUUUGUGUUUGUCUGCAAGGAUGGAAGCAUCCAACAGGCUGCUGGAUCUGUUCUAGGAGCAGGUUUGGGAGAGCAAGUCAAGGCUGCCUGGCUGCUUUAGGGCAUGCUGGGAGGAGAAGGUUGGUGUUUAGUUACUGUGUUUAACCCUGAUGCUUUGUGGACACUAGUCCUAGGGAGCUAGGGAUCAUUUCUCUGUUGCAAUAAAUACUAGUGCUCACUGCUCCUACCUCCUGGGAAAAGGCUCAUGAAAUGGAAACGAGAUUUCACAGAAUAAAAUUGGUUUCAGGCUUUCAAGGGCUUUGCAGGUGGCUGAUCUCAGCCUCUGGUUCCCCAUAGUGCUUUGUUGUUUGAUUUGAUUUUACUUUGUAAUGCUAUUUAAUUAAUGAACAAUGUAUUUCAGACUUGGUGUUCUCACAGGAAAAUGCAGGAUUCAGGUAGAGCCCAGGGCCAGGACUUUGGACAGAGAGGAUGCUGGAGGAAGGCAGUGUGUGCCUGUUCUGGGGGAGGAGAAAAUCAUCACCUGCUCUUGGUUUUAGUAUGAAAUUUAUUCCAAUCCAUUGCCUCUGGGAAAGUCCAAUUCCAAUCUCUGGAGAGGCUGUGUGAUAAAAAAGGACAGGGGAGUGCACUGAGUGCCCCUGCAUGCUGGGUGUCACCCUGCAGUGUGAGAGCAGCUGUGAGUGCUGCCACAGGAGAGCCUUUUCUAGAGGGAAUUCACUCUCCAGGGUUUCUCAGCACACCCUGAUGUCCACAGAGAACCCAAGAGGAGUUGCUCUCCCUGUUCUCAAAUACAGGAUGAGAUGGAAGAGGAAAACUCUGCUGAGCAGAGUUCUUGAGGCACUUACACUGCAGAGCCCAUUGGCUCGUGGAUGCAGCAGCUCUUUUCCCUGGAGGUGUCCCUUGGCAGGGAUCCCAAUUCUCUCCAACGGGCUGUACUUCAAAGCUGGAGUGAAGUCAGCACAGAAAAUUCCAUAUUCCUCAGUGGGCUUGGAUUGGGCACUUGCAGGGAUGAGAAAAACACUUUUAAUUCCCAGUGUCUGGUAAACAUCUCAAAGUCAGAGUAAAUGAUGUACAAAAAGGGAAUUUUAACCCUGUGGUUGCUGGAAGGGUGUCCAGUGUGGCUCAGUGUCCCCUGGGUGGGUGGGUGUGGGCAUCCUCUGCUCUCCUGACACUGCUCUGGCUCUCCAGGGCUCACUUUAUCCUUUCAGACCAUUCUGUGGGAUCCAGCAGCUCUUUUUUUUUUCUUUUUUUUUGAAAUUAUUUUUGCGAGGCAAUGUUUCUGUCAUCUCUUUGCAGCUUGCUCUCCCAUGUCCCCCAGUAGCAUAGACCAAACACUAAUUCUACCCAAUUCUAGUGGUAUAUUUCUAAUUUUUUACUUAGCUAGGAGUUAGAGCAGAGUUGUAGUAGGGAAGAAGAUACUUGAUUUUUGCCUUUUCUUCAAUGUUACUGUUCUGUCAAAUCUGCCAAACAUCUCAUUUUGAUAUUCUGAGAGAUGGUUUUCCAGAUUAUUUUUUUAAGUUAAGGAUAUUGUUUAUUUGUUCAUUUAACUGUUACAAUAUUGGGGAGGGGGGGUCUUCCUUUUAAACCUUGCACAGUUACAUUUCUAGACCUGGACUUUCUCAGGUUGAUGUUGUUUUUUCAUGCUGCCUUAAAAUUUCAAUAUGAAUUUAAAUUUAUCCUACACGAGAUGCUGCAGACUGGCCUGGUUUUCAGGGACUCUACAGGCCCUUGUGAGACAUCUCAGGUUGGAGCUGCAAAAUUAAAGUUCAAGCUGCCUUUAAAGUUAGGGAAUUUAAUUAAGUUAAGCAAGAGGCUAUUUGGAUAGGCUUUAUAGAAGUUCUGAGAUUUCUCUGAAAAUGUCCUGGCUGUGAGGAUAUGACAGGGAUGGUGUUGAGCAGUAGCUUUGCCUGAGCUGCCUAAAUCCUUUCUGCCUUUGCCUCUCAGGAGUAAUGGAUCUUCCCCUGGUGUGCAGGCUGAUCAGUCCUGUCCUUGCUCCCUGAAUUGUCACUCAGACGCCUCCUGCCCCUGCCUCUGGGUGUACCUGGAGAGUCUGUGGGAUGCAGGGAAGCUGAUUUGGGGUGAGCACGUGAGAAGAAGGGUUAGGAAGGGAUUUCAGUGACAUUCCACGGAGGGAUGUGGCAGCGUGGGAGUGUUGUGGUGUCAGAGAGGAGAGGAGCUUCGAGUCAGGGAGGUGCAGUCUGGCUCCUGGAAUUCCAGGGGAGACAAAGAAGGUACAAAUUGUUUCAUGGCUUGGGAAGGUGUGAGGAGUGAGCCCAGAGUCAGCCCUGUGAGGAGGAUUUCUAGAAGGGCUUGAGGAGCUUUUUCAGAAAGUUCCUGGUGAGACAGGGAGAGUGCAGUGUGUGAGGGACAGGGGACAGACACACCUGGGGCUCUGACAGCAAAGGACAUCAGAGAGUCGGUGGGGACUGUCAGCUUGAGGGGCAUCCCUCCCAAGAGUGCAGCCUGGGGGGUGUCAGCAGAUGAGGAGAGCACAGCACAGCCUGUGCCAGCCUCCCCUUCCUGUGACACUCAUGGCAGCACGAAGGGGACAAAGACUUGUUGGUUCUUCCUGCACUGCAGCAAGGCAGCCAUGCUAAACAGAGGGAUUUUGGGCUUAUGCAGGGUCUCUUUGAGUUUUGGCAGUUCUUUUUCUGUUAUUUAAAGUUGGUUUUUACAAUUUUCUCAUGUUUUGUAUAUGCAACCAGUUCUGUGCAAGUUUUCUGUCUGAACCAAGUGCAGAAUGAUUGGUUCUUCCCAGUUUGGUUUCUGACCUGGAACUCUUCAAAAAGCCACCUUUUGGCUUCCCUGACUUUCCCCCUUCCUUGGCAGUGACCACACGAGCCUGGGCUUGGGGCUUGUUGGUCUGUUCAUACCUCCCUCAUCCUGCUGUGCUGGGGGUACCAGCAGCAAGGAUCUGACUGGGCCAGCUCUUGGCAAAGCUGAGCCUUGUGCAUCUGAUCACAGGCAGGGUCUGUAUGGGAUGAGAUUAUGCAUUUUCCUGUCACAAGAGGGCUUUUUGCCUAAAAAGACUCAGGGCAUGGAGCAUUAAGACAUUUUUAAACCCAGCAAUAAGUUGUACUAUGCUCAGCUGUGUUGGUUUGUGCCAACUGCAGUGCCAUCAACGCUCGCUCACCGACACGGUGCAGAACCAGCAUCUCACUGAACUGCAAGGAACUUUAUUUUCUCAACUGAUGGUCUCUCCAUUUUUGACUUGCACGUGUGCCAAGUCCCAUUGGGCAGUGCUGGACACAAUGUUUUUACUGACUGUUGGUCCAGGCUUGAGUUUGUCAUAUGGGAUGAUCUCCUCUGACAGUUUUGGCUUUCCCUGUUGGGUACAGAUGUUACAUCGUAAUCUAAUUUAUACAAAGAGCACAUUAGAAUGUACAUACUAAGCAUUGCAGAUUUGGACAUGCUAAUAUUUAAAUAUUAACAUUAUUAAAAUGUAUGAUGCAAAAAUCUGUGUAAUAUUUCUAAUAAAUCUUUUUCUGUUUCUGA